CGCAGAUCAAUGAACUGAGUGAAACAGACGGGCUGGGCAAGCCGACUACAGCGAGCGACCGUGGGAUAUACGCUGCUCACCGUUCCUCAACACCUAAUAUUUCUCCCUCGUCGUCAAAGUGAGACUCUAUGACAUCGCUGCUCGCUCUCUAUGCUUUAUAGAGCCACUGAUACAACUUUACCCUCCUGGAUACACCAGAGCGAACGAGAUAGAAACAUUUGGUAGAAAUUUAUUCAUCCGUCGGUGGAUAUUCGGUUGUUGAGGAUGAUUUUUGCUAAUUCUGGCAACACAGUGAGGACGUCGCAUAAUCGUAAACAGCCUCCUGUUGGCCCCGCCUCCCACCCGAUGGCUCCGCCCAGUCCUGGAACCAACAGCAGCACCAAUCACAGCAGCAGCAGCAGCACAGCCGGCUGGGAGCAUCUCAGUAAAACGAACCUCUACAUUCGUGGUUUACCACCAACCACCACCGACCAUGACCUGGUUAAGCUCUGCCAGCCAUAUGGAAAAAUCGUAUCAACCAAGGCCAUCUUAGACAAAACCACAAACAAAUGCAAAGGCUAUGGCUUCGUGGACUUUGACAGCCCUGCUGCUGCUCAGAAAGCCGUCAGCGCUCUGAAGAGCAGCGGAGUUCAGGCUCAGAUGGCAAAGCAACAGGAGCAGGACCCCACUAACCUGUACAUAUCUAACCUGCCGCUGAACAUGGAUGAACAGGAGCUGGAGGCCAUGCUGAAGCCCUUCGGACAGGUCGUCUCCACUCGUGUCCUGCGGGACACCAACGGAGCCAGCCGAGGGGUCGGAUUUGCGAGGAUGGAGUCGACAGAGAAAUGUGAAGCUGUCAUCUCUCACUUCAACGGGAAAUAUCUGAAAACACCAGCUGGAGUUAUGGCCCCGUCAGAACCCUUGCUGUGCAAGUUUGCGGACGGAGGCCAGAAGAAGCGGCAGAGUCAAAAUAAAUAUGUGCAGAACGGACGAGCCUGGGCCAGAGACGGAGAGACCAGACUUACUGGCAUGACUCUCACGUACGACCCCACCACAGCUGCUAUGCAAAAUGGAUUCUAUCCAGCCGCCUACAGUAUUACAAACAGAAUGAUCACACAGACCCCUCUUUCUCCAUACAUCUCCCCUAUGUCCACAUACCAGGUACAGAAUCCAUCCUGGGUCACCCAUCAGCCCUACAUCUUGCAGCAUCCGGGAGCAGUGAUAUCGCCCUCUAUAGAUCACUCCAUGUCUCUGCAGCCCGCGUCCAUGAUGGGACCUCUUGCUCAGCAGAUGAGUCACCUCUCUAUGGGCAGUGCAGGAACGUUUAUGCCAGCUAGUCCAGCUCUCCAGGGGCCGUAUAUCCCUCCAUACACUCACAUGCAGACCACCGCCGUCUCAGUAGAGGAGAACAGUCCACAACCUCAGGUGGAGUCGUCCAGUGAUCAUUCACCUUAUACCUAUCAGCAGGCCAAGUGAUGAAGAGGGUUGUCCGGGUUCGAGAGAGAAGGAGAAGACUGCUAAUUCAAUAACAGCUUCCUUUGAAGGACCGGCUCUACAGAUGAAUCGACUUUUUGCACAGGUUCUACGAUGAGUUCCUCGGUUUUUAUAAUAAAACUACUUCAACUAUUUUGGUAUAAGUUCCAUUAGGUGCAAAUCAAGGAUUCAUUUCAUCAGAGGAUGCUGACAAAGAAAACACAAAUGAAAUGGGAAGAAAAAGUUUUAUUUUACUAAGGAAACAACGUUUAUUUUUUACCAAGGAUCGUCACAUAGAUGCAGGAACGUCAUCAUGGAGAUUCUUCUUAUUUUUAUGAUUUUGGAUUUGUUUUCUCUCUCUCUCUCUCUCUCUAUUUUCUUUUGUCCUGAAACAGACGUUUGUUUUUAGAGAUCUGUCAGCCGGACAUCCUGAGAAAGAUUGCAUUUGUGCUUGCGGUGUGAGUGUCGUUGAUGUGUUUUUUGUCGUGUGCUUCAUCUUUUUCGGUCUGACCGAUCUGUCCGUCUUAUACGAUUUGCCUUAAACUCUUUCCCGUACAGUAGCCGAAGAAAAGACGUCCGGCUGCUGCCUUGUAAAUCAGCUGAAUAGGGCUUUCUUAGCAUCGCGCAGAGGAACAUUUCCGCCACGCUCGGAUUUCGGUGUUUUGCUUUUUCCGAUCUUUUAGAGUACAUACUGUUUUGAGUGAUAACGCUGAUGGAGUUUUAAUAGGAUUUAAUGUUUUUAUAAUCAGAGGCGAUGACGAGUCUUUGGUUGUUUGAAUGUGGUAGAAAUUCUGCUGAACGAUCACAUUUUUGAUAUUUGCCUUUUCGUUUAUAAAUCUCGGUGUUGUAGUUUAGCUUUAGAUGAACUUGUGUGGGAGGGGGAGGAGCUUUGACUCGUAUUCUAAUUAGGGGGCGGGAGGGAGGCGUGGCCUGUCAGUCAGAUCGAAUAUCAUUCAGAGUGCAACCUCCCGUGACAACUUCUUCGGGAGAGGUGAACGUUUAGAUUUUAGUGCUUGUUUUAUUAUACCAGGCAAACAAAUCUCGGCACUUUCAAGUUUACUUCACCAAAGACGGUCGGCGAGCGGAUCACGCAAACGUGACGUUGUUUUCUCUCGAGGUGGGCCACACUGAGACUUUAUGACAGACUGGGUUGUGGUUGUGGAGAAUGUGCCUUCUUUGUACAUAUGCAUUCAUUUGUCUGUAGUUGGCGAGGUGCGGACACCGAUUUGAAGGACGAUUUGGAUCUAGCAAGUGCCACAAACUAAUCAAAGACAUCACUACAGAGCGGAGACAACUGAAACUAAAACACGGAACGAGGACAGGUUGAAACGACGGCUCUGUUCUGAAACCCUAGUGAGCUGCCUACAUAGGCUGCUGCCUUCUAAGGGAGCAUCAUAUUUCAUUAAUGCAUCAUACACUGGCAAGAUUGCAGUAAAAUAACAGUACAAAUAUUAGUUUUUUUAAGUUAAUGGAUGGAUUUUUCACUCAAAAGGCAUUAGGAAUUUGCCUUCUCAGUAAAGGAUACGUGUAAUGCUCCCUUAGAAUUUUGCAAAAGUAGUGCACUUACUUUCUAUGCUCCAUAUUUUGCAUUAUACACAUUAUAUAUAUGUGUGUAUAUGUUUGUAUAUAUGUAAGUUACACAGGGUCAGAAUUGCAUUAAGAGAAAAAAAAACACACAGAUAAGUCAGUUUUAUAAAAAACUGAUUAUGUUUAUUGCAUUAUAUAUGUAACCCUGGAGCACAAAAUCAAAACGAAGUUGUUGUUUUUUUAGAAUUGUACAUCAUCUGAAAGCAGAAUAAAUAAGCUUUCCAUUUCCAUUGAGAUUUGAAGAUCUGAGGUGCAAAAAAAAUUGAUAGGUAUAUAUAUAUAUAUAUUGAGAAAAUCACCUUUAAAGUUGUCCAAAUGAAGUUCUUAGCAAUGCAUAUUACUUAUCAAAAAUGAAGAUUGUCUUAAGACUGGUUUUGUGCUCCAGGGUCACAUAUAAGUUAUAUAAGUCACAAUGGAUCAAAAUUGCAUUGUUGAGAGAAAAGGGACACAGAGAAGUCACAAUUAUGUUAUUAUUACAUUCAGAAAUAAUGUAAAAUACAGAUAAAAUGAAAUGCUUAUAAACACUAUAAAAAACAUGUAUUUUAGUUCCCCUCACUCCACAACAACUCCUUUAAAUAUAACAGUAUUCAGAUGAGGAAUAAAAAAAUCUGAAGUAUAAAACCAACUGAACUCAUUAUAAACAUCAAAAAUGAAACUCUAACCAACAUGUUUCGCAUGCUUGACAUUCAUUUCAUCUAUAUAUGAUGAAACAGAUGACAACAACAUGUUUUAGGUAAUAAGAAAUGUGAUUUUCUGGAAAAUACAGAUGGCAGCUCACUAGGCUUUAGGAAACAGCAUUUGAAAUAAUAAUUGCAUCCAUUACAGGAAAAGGUUUUAAUUUUAUUUUAAUCUCACGAUAUAGUUUAUUAAGGCUUUAUUCACUGAUUUGUCUUCCAAAAGACUGUGUUUUUGACCUGGUGGGUCUUGUUGACCAGUUAUCUACCUCAGAGUUUUGUUGUCCUCUGUUUUGAUUGGUCGGGCAGCAGGUUCAGCCCGCCCCUCCAGACCAAACGGCCAGCUCAGGAGCUGCCCACGUACACUUGAUUUCUUUCAGGUUUUUUCUUUUGAAAUACUAUAAUCCUCUUCUUCAGAAAAACAGAUUUUUCUUUUUGUUAUUAUUCUUAUCGUUCUAAGGAAAGUUGUGCGUUGAACGUGUCGUUUCGCAUUCAGAUUCAUCGUUUCGAAAGCAAAAAAAACUGCUGCUUUUUCAUCACAAGAUAUUCCAGUAGUUCAUAGGAAGUAGACAAUAAAGUGUGCACGAGAGAGAGACGGAGCCAAUGAGAAACAGCGAUGCUGAAAGUCACGGUUGUCCCGAGACAUCCCUGUUGUGUGGAAGCUCGCUUCUGCCACGGAAUAAAAAUAAAAUAAAAAAGGUCACUUUUUCUCUCACAAUUCUGUCUUUUUUCCCUUGGAAUUCUGAGUUUACAUGUGAGAAUUCUGAUUUCAUUUCCAUCACAGAACUGCAACUUUUUAUCUCAGAAUAUUGACUUUCUUUGAUUUUUUUUUUUUUUUAUCCCACAGCUGAUUUGUUUUUUUCUGAAUUUCAAGUUAAUAUCUCACAGUUGCAAAUUAAAAUGAUAAGUUCUGACUUUUUUCUUAGAAUUUUGAGUUUAUACUGUAUCUCACAAUUCUGUUUUAGAUCUUCCGCUCCCAGGAAAUAAAAGAUAAGAAGGUAAUUGUGACUUUCUCACAAUUCCGUCUAUUCCUUUUUCAUAGUUGCAAGUUUAAUUCUCAUAAUUAUAAAAUUUUUCCCAGAAUUCUGAGUUUGUAUCAUGCAACCUUGACUAUUCUUCUUUGAAUUCAGAAUUCUUUUUUUGUUUUCACCACAGAAUAAACAAUAAAUAACAUUUUAUCUCACAGUUUUGAAAUGAUCUUGCAUUUAUGUUUUUUUUACCUAGAAUUGUUACAUCAUGGAAUAAAAAAUAAAAAAAAGGUAAAUACAAUUAAGUGCAAUUUUUCUAUCCCACAAUUCCGACUUUUCUUCACAGAAUUACAGGUGUUUAUUUUGCAAUUGCAAGUUAACAUCACAUAAUUCAGACUUUUUUCUCAGAAUUGCAAGAAAAUAGUCAGAAUUGCGAAAUGUAAACUUGCAAUUAUGAGUUUAGAACUUACUAUUGCUCGAAAAAAAGAAUUGUGAGAGAAAAAGUAUUUUUUAAUGCCGUGUAGGAAACAGCUUCCAUACAGUUGCUUUCAGACCGAGUCCAGACAGACUUUUAGCAGCGUAAUCCGCGGUGCUCAGCUCACAGCCGAGCGUGUGUGUGUGUGUGUGUGUGUGUUUCUGUGGAGUUCUUGUGUGGCUCAUGCUGCUAGUAACAUCCGAAUCCGAAGUGCCAAUCUGUGUCUGGGUCAGAAAGUUGGAAAGACUUGUUGUGCAGAGAGAAAUUGCUCAUGAAUAUGAAAAACCAUGUACUAGACAGCCAUUAAGUUAUAUAUAAAAAAAAGUAAUAAUUUAUGAAGAGAGACGUUUUGUACAGACUGUUUGAAAAAAUAAAACCAAUAAAAAGAUUUUCCUAGAGAUGUGUAUAUGAGAGUUGAUUUUGUAAUUUACAUGUGCCACACACUUGCCAGUGGUGUGUUCAGUUUAUCAGAAACCUUCCUCUGUAUUUGUUUCUUUUAUUGUGUUUAAGCCAAAAAAGCUUUUUUUUUCUCCCCUUUGUUUCCAGUAGAUUGUUAAUGAAGCUUUAUUUCUGUUCAUUUCUCUGAGAACUUUUGAAUAAAAACACAUUUUUGUUUUA